AGGAAGACAAGAAGGAGCAUGAGGAGGAGGAGGAGCAGGGCUCAUUUGCAUGUUAUUAGCAUAGCAUGUAUAUAACCGGCUGCAGGCGGCCUGCGCCGGACAGCCGUGAAGAAAAGAAGACCAAGGAGAAGGAGACGAGGACAGACAAGAAAGGAAAACAUGUUGGACUCUUCCUCAAUUAGGAAAGGAGAAGGCCACCUUUGUUUGGGAUUAUAACGCCGCUGGAACGCUUUUUUUUUUUUUUAACAAAAGAUCAUUUGAUUAUUUUUAAAUUACAAUUUUCAAUCUUUCAUCUCGGAAGAAACUUUUGGGAUUAACAGUCUCGCUGUGCUUUUUUUUUUUCUCCCCUCAACUCCUCUGGGACGCGCAUGCGCGGUGGCGCUUUAUGAGCCGCUCCAUGCAUCUUCCUAGCGGGCCCGUUUAAACUUUUUCUUUAUUUAUUUGUAUUUAUUUAUUUAUUUAUCAUGUAUUUAUUAAAGAUGCUGCUGGGCGUCGCGGUGCUGGCCACGUUGCUAUGUCAGGGCUUCUGCUCGGGGGUGUUCGAGCUGCGCCUGCAGGAGUUCCUCAACAAGAAGGGCGCGCAGGGCAACAGGAACUGCUGCGGUGGCGGCGGGGGGUCCCCCUCGUCGUCGUCGUCCGCGCAGCAGUGCGCCUGCCAGACUUUCUUUCGGGUGUGCCUGAAGCAUUACCAGCCCAACGCGUCGCCCGAGCCGCCAUGCAAUUACGGAGGCGCCGUCACGCCCGUGCUGGGCGCCAACUCGUUCCAGAUCCCCGACGCCAUCCCCGAGAGCUCCUUCAGCAACCCCAUCAGGAUCAACUUUGGCUUCACUUGGCCGGGGACCUUCUCGCUCAUCAUCGAGGCAUUGCACACCGACUCCAAAGACGACCUGUCCACAGAGAACCCGGAUCGGGUGAUCAGCACCAUGAGCACCCAGCGCCAUUUGACGGUGGGCGAGGAUUGGUCGCAGGACCUGCACACGGCGGGCCGCACCGAGCUCAAGUACGCGUACCGCUUCGUGUGCGACGAGCACUACUACGGCGACGGAUGCUCCGUCUUCUGCCGGCCUCGCGACGACGCCUUCGGACAUUUUACAUGCGGGGAGCGCGGCGAGAUCCUGUGCGAUGCCGGCUGGAAGGGACAAUACUGCACCGAGCCAAUCUGCCUGCCCGGCUGCGCCGACGAGCACGGCUUCUGCGAGAAACCCGGCGAGUGCAAGUGCCGGGUGGGCUUCAAGGGCCGCUACUGCGACGAGUGCAUCCGAUACCCGGGCUGCCUCCACGGGACCUGCCAGCAGCCCUGGCAGUGCAACUGUCAGGAGGGCUGGGGGGGCCUCUUCUGCAACCAAGACCUGAACUACUGCACGCACCACAAGCCGUGCAUGAAUGGGGCCACUUGUAGCAACACGGGCCAGGGCAGCUACACCUGUUCCUGCAGACCCGGUUUCAGCGGCGCCAGCUGCGAGAUCCAAGUCAACGAAUGCGCCGGGAACCCUUGCCGCAACGGGGGGAGCUGCACCGACUUGGAGAACACCUACAGCUGCCAAUGUCCUCACGGUUUCUACGGCAACAACUGCGAGCUGAGCGCCAUGACGUGCGCCGACGCCCCGUGCUCCAACGGCGGCCGCUGUAGCGACAACCCCGACGGAGGCUACUUCUGCCAGUGUCCCACCGGCUACGCCGGCUUCACCUGCGAGAAGAAGAUAGACCACUGCACCUCCGCUCCCUGCUCCAACGGCGCUCGUUGCGUGGAUCUGGUCAACUCGUACCUGUGCCAGUGCCCGGACGGCUUCACGGGCAUGAACUGCGACCACAGCGGUGACGAGUGCUCCUCGUACCCGUGUCAGAACGGCGCCACCUGCCGGGACGGCGGCCACGGCUACGUUUGCACCUGCCCGCCGGGCUACACGGGGCGGAACUGCAGCUCGCCCAUCAGCCGCUGCGAGCAUAACCCGUGCCACAACGGCGCCACCUGCCACGAGAGGAACAACCGCUACGUCUGCGCCUGCGUCCCGGGUUACGGCGGCCGCAACUGCCAGUUCCUGCUCCCCGAGCACGCCGCCAUCCGAGGUUCCGAGGUCCCCUGGAUGGCCGUCGGCUCCGGCGUGGCUCUGGUGCUCCUGCUUCUGGCGGGCUGCGCCGUGCUGGUCGGAUUCUUCCGCUCCAAAGUCCAACGCGACGGCUCGGGGGAAACGGGCGGCGAGGGCGAAACCAUUAACAACCUGACCAAUAACUGCCAACGUGGCGGCGAGCGGGACGGCCCGGUCGUGCUGACGCCGGGGGUGAAAAACAUCAACAAAAAGAUGGACUUGUGCGGCGGGGGGGAGCCUGAGGAGGGGGCGUCGCCCGGACGGCGGAGCUACAAGAGCAGACCGCCGCCCGCAGACUACAACCUGGUACGCGAGGUCAACUACGAGCAGGCGGCCAAAGACGCGGCCUGUGAGGACAAGUGCCAAUCCCUGGACUCCUUUGAGUUUGAGGAGAAACACAGCAAACGCUUAAAAUGCGAUACGUCGGAAUUAAAUAGUCCAGAAAUGUCUGCAUGUGCGGACAACAAGUACAAAUCUGUGUUUGUCAUGUCGGAGGAGAAGGACGAAUGUAUAAUUGCAACUGAGGUGAGUUGAUGUUGAUGUUCCUUUUGGCUCCGUGCAACACAGAUCGUAAAGUUUGCUUUUGUUGGAUUUACGGUGGAGGGCUCAAUUUCACCGACAGGUGGGCGCUCACAAGUGCUUUGGCAGACAGAACAUUUUGAGUUAGCUCUGACUAGCGCUCUGUCGUAUGGUGUUCCACAGGGAUCGAUUUGAGAGCCUGUGUUGUUUUGAAAAUAUUUUUCAUUUCAAACGUUUCUUUGCUCCAUAUGUGAGCUUUUAACUUUGGUUCCAGAUGUUUCCGCUUUUCAUUUGUUGUGACAACCGGAUCUUCUACCUGUUGCAGGUGUAAAGGGGCCGGCGACGGGCUCGCUCAUUUUGCUGUAUGGGAGAGUUUUUAUGCUCCUUGAUGAGAUGCUGCUCUACGCUCGCUGCUGCUGAGACCUUUGACUGAUAUUCAGACUGAGCUGGUUCUCGACUGGAAAUAGGAACCGGCGGGGUCGUUCGUGUAAGGGGAACAAAAAAAAAUGUCAAGUUCACGGUUAAACGUAAACGGACGCUUAGCUUUCUGUUCUGCCUCUUUGUCGGGCAUCGGGGAGUACAAAUGAAGAAUAAAUAUGAAAUGGACUGUAACGAAUAGUUUCAAAAAAAAAAAAAAGGCGCCAGGAUAGGAUUUUUGUUGUUUUUUUGUUUUUUGCAAUGUUUGCACCCAGGCCUUUUUCUCAGACCCAGGAACCGCAUCAAACGGCGGAUGUUUGGCCAUAAUGGCCUCUUCGUAAAAAAAGAAAAGAAAAAAAGGGUGGUUGCUAAAUGACCUUUUAUGAAUUUUUUGGCCCUCUAAUACGCCAGUGACAAAAGCAUUGUCCUCUUCUUCCUAGUCGAAACCGAUUGUCCUCUUUUUGUAAAAUAGAAAGAAUAAAAAAAAAAAAAUUAUGAUUUUAUUCUGAUUUAAUUUAAGUUAAUUUAAGCAUUCUGUGUUAUUCUUAUUUUGUAUUGUAUAUUUGUGCUUGUUUGUCAGGAUUAUUUAAGUUGCUUUCUUUUGACGGAUGAUGAUAUUUGCAAAGGCACUUCAGGUCAAUGGGAAUGAAAAAAAAAAAAGUUAUUUAAGAGGAAUUGUGCUGUACAUUUUAUUCUUCUGCUGUUUGUCAAUGAAGGAAUUAGCCAAGACUAUUUUUGCAAAUAAUAAAAAGAGACUCAACG